AUGGCCGCCUACAAGAUGGUCCUCAUCAGGCACGGCGAGAGCACCUGGAACUUGGAGAACCGCUUCAGUGGCUGGAAUGACACCGACCUGAGCCCGGCGGGCCACAAGGAGGGGAAGCGUGCCAGACAGGCGUUGCAAGAUGCUGGCUAUGAAUUCGACAUCUGCUUUACCUCCGUGCAGAAGAGAGCAAUCUGGACCCUCUGGACAGUCCUGGAUGCCAUUGACCAGAUGUGGCUGCCCGUGGUCAGGACCUGGCGCCUCAAUGAGCGACACUAUGGGGGUCUGACUGGUCUCAAUAAAGCAGAAACUGCUGCUAAGCGUGGUGAGGCACAGGUAAAGAUCUGGAGGCGAUCUUACGAUGUCCCACCACUGCCAAUGGAGCCUGACCAUCCCUUCUACAGCAACAUCAGUAAGGACCGCAGGUACACAGACCUUACCGAGGACCAGCUACCAUCCUGUGAGAGCCUGAAGGACACUAUUGCCAGAGCACUGCCCUUCUGGAAUGAAGAGAUUGUCCCCCAGAUCAAAGAGGGGAAGAGAGUCCUGAUUGCAGCCCAUGGCAACAGCCUUCGGGGGAUCGUCAAGCAUCUGGAGGGUCUCUCAGAAGAGGACAUCAUGGAGCUGAACCUGCCAACUGGCAUUCCCAUUGUCUAUGAAGUGGACAAGAACUUGAAGCCGGUUAAACCCAUGCAGUUCCUGGGAGAUGAAGAGACCGUGCGGAAAGCCAUGGAAGCUGUGGCCGCGCAGGGCAAGGCCAAGAAGUGAAGGCAAGCAGACAGACUUCUACCCCAAGACCCUCCUCCCU